AUGCGUCCCGCUUUACUUGUCCUUGCUUUCGGGGCCUUCGCCCCAACUUCGAGUGAGUUCGAUUCCUGGUCGUUCUGACUCCUCGGCUUGGACUCCGCUUUCUCCUCCCCCCACACGCGCCAAGCUCCGCUGGAGCUCGUCAUCUUAUGUGGGGUUUGGCCCAACCUGUAGUUGGGAGUUCAAAUACUCCAGGAAAGCUACUUCACGCACCAUCCCCUUUCUUGUCACUGACUGCAACUCGCACUUUUUCACCCCUAUCUCUCCCUCUCCCCGCGAACAACCUUCCGCACAGUUCUUGGAGCUCCUCGGCCUCAAGACCAGUCCUUGGCGCAGGCCGGUUCGAUCUUGAAGCGCUUGACCGACGGAGCCCGUCUUCAACCCCGCCAGGAUAUCGCUGGUGGACUCGGUAUGUUUCCUCUUACAACGUUGCAGGUCUCCGUCAUAGAUCGACGACUCACUUUGGACUCUCACUGCGGCUUCAUUACACACAGCCGCCUUGACAGAACUCGCUCAAGACGUUACUCAAAGCGCCUCGACCGGCAGGUGCCGCUCGGAAUGCAAUGGAUGGACCGGUGCUUUAAGGGUAAGAGGCCUUGGUCCCAUUUCCGUACGGUCAGCUUAUCAGGGAUUCGAUCGCUGAUCCGCCGCUAUGACGGCCCCGUUUUCCAGGUGUGCACUAACACCAACAGCGAUACGGAAGCGAUUGGAAGAUGUGCUUGCACCAGCAGCACCCUCUCAGAGAUGUCGGUGAGUUCUGCACGUUCAACGACGGACAGAGCAACCCAGCUCCGCGCUCAGGGGCCAGGCGCUGAGAUAAUUGACCAAUCCGACAGCCCUGUGCCACGUGCUUUGACUCGGCAGCGGGUUACACCAGUGAGUCGUUUCGCGUGGAUGAAUUAUGCCAUCGUUAACUGAGCCAUUGAGCUCCUCCUUCACCAGCUUUCGAAAACCUUUGCGAGUACCUGAACACGGGAGUGGUCCCUUCCUCCUCGGCGGCGGCUAGCAGUAUUUCGAGCGCAUCGUCGGCCAGUGUGUCUGCUUCCGCCACCCCUGCUAGUCAGAGCUCGGGUGAAGCUACGAGUUCGGCUGCUACUUCGUCGGUGGCUACAACUCCGACGGAGCCAGUCAUCACCUCGGCGCCGGCAACCACGGCGAGCACGGACCCCGCAGUGACGAGUGCCGCUGGCGCUGCAACCUCGUCCCGCGCCGCUUCGUCUGCCAAUGGUCGUGUCGACCUGGUGGCUGGAUCCGUUAUCGGUAGUUUUGCUUUCCUCUUUGCUUUGCUUGCCUAG